AUGUAUACUCUGAAAUCUAGUGUCACAGCUCUUGUCCUGCUAGGGCAGGGUAUAGCUGCUCAGAACUCUUCCUCUUCAUCCUGGGACCAUUCGCUUUAUACUAGCAGUCCAGCCGUACUUCCUAGCCCAAACACAACUGGCAUUGGUUGGGAAGAUGCUCUCCAGAAGGCAAAGCAAUGGGUUGCCCAGUUGACCUUGGAGGAAAAAGUUGGUGUGCUCACCGGAGAACCAAAUGGUCCCUGCAUUGGUGAGUACAAAAGUGUCUACUGCCCGAUAUCGUGCUCACACAUGCANGGCAAUAUCGCUCCCAUCCCCCGCGUUGGAUUUCCCGGUCUUUGCUUGCAAGAUGGACCUCUGGCCAUCAGACAAGCAACAUUUGCAUCGGUCUUCCCGGCAGGUAUCGCCGCUGCUUCAUCUUGGGACCGUGACUUGAUUCGCCAAAGAGGCGAGUACCUUGGAGCCGAGUUUCCUAUCCAGGAAGCUGGCGUCCAAGCUUGUGCGAAGCACUUUAUUGGCAAUGAACAGGAGACCCAGAGAAACCCUGGACUUUCGCCCACGAACAAGACCAUCGAGGCUGUGUCGGCAAACAUUGACGACAGAACCAUGCAUGAGCUGUACAUGUGGCCAUUUGCCAAUGCGGUCAAAGCUGGUGUCGCCUCCAUGAUGUGCUCUUACAACAGACUCAAUGGUUCUUAUGCUUGCCAGAACAGCAAGGCUAUCAACGGCCUCCUUAAAGAGGAACUAGGCUUUCAAGGUUAUGUAAUGUCCGAUUGGGGUGCAACCCAUGGAGGCGUCGCUAAUGCCGAAGCUGGUAUGGACAUGGACAUGCCUGGUACCAUCGCAUUNUUCCAAGCCGGAUCUUCUUACUGGGGACAGAAUCUCACGGACGCUGUCAACAACGGCACCGUGCCUGAAUCGAGAAUUGAUGAUGCUGCCCACAGAAUCAUGACACCUUACUUCUUCCUGGGACAGGACCAAGACUACCCUCUGCUUGACCCUAGCAGUGGUGAUAUCAAUAUUCUCGGUAUUAAGCCAUACCUCGACACUUUCCAGUACGGAGAGGCAAAUGUCGAUGUUCGCGGUAACCAUGCAGAACUGAUCAGGAAACUGGGAUCAGCUGGAACUAUUCUUUUGAAAAACACAAACAAUGCUUUGCCUCUCAGCAAGCCAAAGAACAUUGCUGUCUUCGGUAAUGAUGCAGCCGACCCAGAGAACGGGCUGUACUCUUUGUCUUUGACCGGUAAUGGCGACUACGAGUAUGGCCACCUUCCUGUUGGGGGUGGGAGUGGCACUGGCCGUCUUACCUAUCUUUCGACACCACUGGACGCCCUCAAGACUCGUACCAAGCAAGACGGCACACUCCUGCAGUGGAACAUGAACAACACUCUCCUGACUGACCCUACCCCUGGAGCUGCUUUUGGCGCGAUAUUCCCACACCCCGACACCUGUAUUGUUCUUAUAAAAACUUGGGCCGCCGAAGGAACAGACAAGGUGAACCUCUUGCCAGACUGGCAGGGUAAUAACGUUGUGAACGCUGUCGCAGCAUAUUGCAACAACACGAUUGUCGUGACACAUACCUCAGGUCCUAUCGUCAUGCCUUGGGCUGAUCACCCCAAUGUCACCGCUAUCCUCGCAGCACACUUCCCUGGAGAACAGUCAGGAAACAGCUUGAUCGAUGUCCUGUAUGGUGACUACAAUCCCAGUGGCAAGCUUCCUUACACUAUUGCCUUCAACGAGUCCGAUUAUGCCUUCGCUCGUGUCACCAAUUCGACCGAGCUCAAACUUACCGAAGACCCCAACGCAUGGCAAGCAGACUUCGAGGAAGGUCUGCUGAUCGAUUACCGCCAUUACGACUACUACAAUCUUUCCGUGCAGUACGAAUUUGGAUAUGGUCUCUCGUACACAAACUUCUCCAUGUCCGAUGUCAAGGUCGAGCGUCUUGCGCCUAAGAACCUGACUGCCCGUCCCGCCAAUGUUAAUAUUAUGCCUGGUGGUAACCCCGCUCUCUACGAUACCAUCUACGAGAUCACCGUCAAGGUCAAGAACACUGGAUCUAUUGCUGGCGAUGCCGUUCCUCAGCUUUACCUGUCUCAGCCUGUUGACGCAUCCUUUGGCCGUACCCCUGUUCAGGUCCUCAGAGGGUUUGACAAGGUCAAGCUUGGUGCGGGCCAGACUAGAACUGUCACAUUCCCUCUUAUGAGAAGAGAUUUGAGCUUCUGGGACGCUGUGCAACAACAGUGGAUUAUUCCUACUGGUCAAUUCGGGGUCAGGGCCGGAUUCAGCAGCAGAGACAUUCAAGUCACUUCGGGUUUCAGUGUUCUGUGA